GACAAAGAAAAUAUAUUUUAGAUUCACAUAUAAAUUAUAAUAUUAUACGUCAAAUGUCUUAUAAAGCCAUAUUCAUUUAAUGUUUAUAAACGUUUUUGAUCAUAUAUCCUAGAAAUAGAUAUAAUGAAAAAUGUAAUUUACAAUGAAAUCAAAUAAAUGAAUGUAGAUAGAACAUUAUGGUUAGGUAAAUGAAAUAGCAUUUUUUCUUUUAUUGACAGAUCUUUAUGAGAUCAUUCUUAUCAACUUGUGACAAAAUGAUAACAGCAUGAUAACAACAAAUCAUAAAAGUUUUGUGUAAAUCAAACAUUACUGGAAUGAAGGAAACUGUGCUUUUUCAAGUGAAAUAGUUGAAUUUAACAAUGGAAGUUAAUAAAAAGUAUAUAGUAUUGGUAACCGGAUUUGGUCCAUUUGAUAAUCAUAUCGUUAACGCUAGUUGGGAAGCUGCAAAGGAAUUAAGUAAACUAUGCAUUAAAUCGAAAGAAUUGAUGGACGUUGAAGUAAUCGUAAAAGAGAUUCCAGUUUCGUAUGAAGAUGUAACUAAAUAUGUACCAAAGUUUUGGCAAGAGUAUAAACCUAUAGUGGUUCUACAUUUAGGAGUAAGUCGCCAAGCGCGAUGUUUAACUAUAGAAUGUCGUGCUCAUAGUAAUGGUUACUUAAGAAAAGAUAUAUUUAACAAAUGUCCAGACGAAAGUAAUAUUGAAUCUGAAAUUUUUGAAACUAAAAUCAACGCCAAACAAAUUUGUAACAUAAUUAAUGAAAGUUCAGACAAAACAAAAUGUAAUGCUUGUAUUUCAUACAAUGCAGGAAGAUAUUUAUGUGAAUACAUAUUUUAUAAAUCUCUACAGAUUGCACCUAAAAGAACACUAUUUGUUCAUGUUCCAGAUUUUAAUCAGUAUUCAAGUGUACAAAGUGCAAAAGGUUUAUAUGAAAUUUUAUAUUAUAUUAUCGAGGAUAUGAAAAAACAAUAGACAAUAAGCUUUAUAAUAUAAAAGUUAUAAUUGUAUGUGUGUAUGUCCAAAGUAGUAUUUAAUAAAUCACUAUUUAAAAUACUAAACUUAUUCUUAAUAUAAAAAAAUGAUUGUUAUUUUAUAUAAAUAUAUAUAUAU